GAAGACGACGCAACGGCCAGCGACUCCAACUCCAACUACUCAUCGGCCUCGGAAGACGCCCUGCCGCCAAUCCACCAGUUCGGCCACGUCUACCACGGGUCGGGCCGCAUGGUAACGCCCAACGACAGCUGCGAAAACCAGCGCCAGGCCUACCAGCAUGAGCUCCUCACGCUGUGCCUCGGCGGCGCCCUGACCUUCACCAAGCUGCCGCUGGAGCACUUGUCGCCAGACAGCCCGCGCUUCCACAUCCUCGACGUCGGCUGCGGCGGCGGCCACUGGGCCAUGGAGAUGGCGCAGAACAACCCGCUGGUCGACGUGCUGGGCAUCGAGCUGAGCAGCGCCAAUCUGCCCAAGGAGGUGCCGCCCAACCUGACGUUUGAGAUUGCCGACGCCGCCGAGGACUGGCCGCCGCGCCUCUACGACUUCAUCCACCUGCGCAACCUGGUGGGCGGCGGCAUCCGCGACUGGCGCCGCCUCAUCGUCCAGGCGUUUGACCACCUCAAGCCCGGCGGGCAGCUCGAGUUUGCAGAGAUCACGCCGCACGUUUUCGGCUUCGACCCGGACCCGAUGGCCGAUUCGCCGGACGACACCGACGCCGGGACGGACCAACAGCAGCGGCCGCGGGCGGCGGUUGGCGCGGUGACGCUCGAGUACGCCGCCAUUUUCGCCGAGAUUGCGGCCGCCCAGGGCCUCGACUUUGAUCCCACGCCAAAGAUAAGGCCCUGGCUGCGCGAUCUGGGCGCCGAGGUCGUGCGUGAGCGGUCCGACUGGUUGCCUGUGCGAAACUGGGCGCGAGAUCCCGUGGUGAAGAAGAAGGGCGAGCUUGUGCACAAGAUACUCGAGACGGGCUGUAAUCAUUGGACGCUGAGAAUGUUUGGGCUCGCUGGUUGGGAGGAAGAAAGGACGCGCGAGUUGCUGGGCAGGGUCUUGGCUGAGUACAAAGACCCUCUCCUCAAGACUUGCAUCAAAUUGUAUGUGUCGUGCAGCCGUCUUCCU